AUGGUUUUGCUCUAUUACAACAAUCUCAUCUCCUUUGGUCUUUUGGCGGCUAGUUUUGCCUCCGCAGCUCCUCUAUCUGUACAUGAUAGCAAGAAACAGCCCGAUAAUUGCGCUCCGGUCCAUCUCUUCGUCGCCCGUGGAACCAGCGAAAGCCCGGGUGAUGGAUCAAUUGGUUCCCUGGCUCAGUUGGUCCUCCAGGAAAAUCCGGAGGCUACUCAAGAAGCUAUUGAUUAUCCGGCCGCUCCCUUCCCGUUCUACAUCACAGAUGUUUCUAUCGGGAUUAAAGCGGUUACCAAUCAAUUCAUGCACUAUACGAGCUUAUGCCCCAAUUCCACCCUCGUUUUUAUUGGCUACUCGCAGGGGGCUCAAAUUAUGCUCGAUGCCUUGUGCGGCUCAGGAGGACCCUUGAAAGGGGGCACCGGGAGCCCUACGAUUACCAAGUCGCAGGGCAAGAAUAUUGCGGCAGUUGUCGGAUAUGGCGAUCCUGGCCAUGUCGCAGGGGAGUCUUGGGACCAGGGAACUGCAAAGGCCGAUGGGAUCUUCGCUCGACCGGCAGGUGCGUGUAAUGCAUGGGCAAACAACAUACACUCGUACUGCGAUGCAGGAGACCCAUAUUGCGCCGGCGGCAGUAAUCAGACGAUUCACCUGCAAUACACACAUAAAUACAACUCCGCGGCUUCUCAGUGGGUGAACGGGCAAAUUGUUUCGGCAAGUGCCUGA